UGCUACUUCCUGAGUGUAGCUGCGCAUGCGCAGCCUUGCUAGUCGUACGAAUACCACCGCCUGCAGGUGACUGUGGGAAAUGAGGCAAUGAGAGUGGUUGCGUUGUUUUAUCAGCGUCGCUUUACAGAAAAACAAUAUUCCUUUUACACGUAUUCAGGAUUUAUCUUAUUUUCCUUUCGAGUCGGGAAGCUGUGAGUUUAAAAGUAACAACUCUUGGGAAUAUCUGGGGAGAUUGUUUUUCUCCUCGCAUGUUUCGCGUCCUGUUCCCAUAGCGACGAAGACGGGAGAGCUGUCUGUUGUAGAUGACGUCCCCUGGUGUAGGCGUGGUUAGAGAUCCGACGCUGACCAAUCCACGGCCCGUCAGGGCCUCCCUGGGUGAGAGCCGGUCCCAUGGCAUGCCCUGUCCCAGUCCGAACUUUGUCUACGGAACUAGAACAACAGUGAGAGAUGGAGGGGUAGCAGAAGCUCUGUCCUCCUGGCGGAUCCAGUCAGCGUGUCGGCAUGGUGGCGUUGGAUCCUCUCAGCCGCUGAAGACUGAUUUCGUGUCUCUGAACAGAGAUGGGGUAAAGGCUGGUCUGGUCACCAGCAAAGAAGUCAGCCAAUACCGAGCCCAGCGGACCAGAUCCAACCAGAAUCAGAACCAGAAUCACAGAAACCAGGACAGGGCCAGCAGCACCCGCCAAUCAAACCAUGGUCCUGGAGACAAAGACGAGACGUUUGGAAUUAGAACAAGUUCCUCCCCUCCUCUCUCAGAACUGUUGGCUCAUCAGUACGGUCGACAGUGGUUGGAGGAACAACAGACCAGAAAUCAGAACCAGCAGAACUUUAGAAAGCUUGCCAUGGUUCCACACACCAGAACCAGUUUGUUGAGGAGGAGCAAAGCGUUUCCCCAGUCUGGACCUCUGUUUAAACUCUCCCGAUACACACAGCUGUGAUCACAACUCCAAAAGCUCCUGUAAAGUCUCCCUGGAACAAAAAAUGAUUGUGUCAUCCACAAAUAAAAUUAAUUUCAAUGGACUUGAUACCUUACACAUGUCAUUGAUACACAGAACAAAUAAUUUAGGGCCUAAUACUGA